AUGCGCUUUAUAGCGCAGAAUACAUCGAUCCCAGUCCCUAGGGUUUAUUGCGCAUUUACACAUAAGGAUUGCACGUAUACAGUGAUGGAGAGAAUCCAGGGGGAUAAAAUGGGUGCUGGAUGGUGCCUAGAAGGUAUAGGGGUUGCUUCUGUGGAUGGAGGAUCGCUGUUUGAUUGUCGUGUGGCAGGUCUGUUUUUACGAUUUGGGCCGUUUCGCAGCAUUAGUGGCUUUCAUUUACAUUUACGGGAAGGCAUGCGGUUUGAUCCUAGGCUUGGUUCGGAAGUCCAGGAUUUGAUUAAACGGCAUGGCAGGUAUUGGCCUAUUGUGUUUACGCAUGGUAAUCUUAGUAGACUUAAUAUUUUGGUGCGGGGGGAUGAGGUUGUUGGGAUUGUUGACUGGGAGACUGCUGGGUGGUAUCCGGAAUACUGGGAAUAUACUACGGCUUGUCAGGUUAAUCCGCAGAAUUCGUUUUGGAUUAGUGAGAUUCAUAGGUUUCUUGAUCCUAUGCCUGAAGAGUUGGCGAUGGAUCGCAUCCGACAGAAGUAUUUUGGAGAUAUCACAUUUUAA